AUGUCAUCACACUCAUAUGAAGUGGCCCUCUUUGGCGAUUUCUUUCCUCGCGACCUGAAAGCGAUUAUGAAUCGCAUCACUCUACACGCAGAGUCUGCCCACCCUCUUCACUGCCGCGAGCUUGUCUACGAGCCCUUGGUACGCGACCCUUCGUCGCCAGACUUUGUCUUGCUUCGCGCUCGGAAAGACUUGACACAGUCAGGUGCCAACUGGAUGCUAUUCAGCUACUUGAAGCCUGAAAGCGCUCGCGCUCAUCCUGAAGCAACAGUACGACCAUGGGCCGUUGUUGGUGUCAUGGGUGACGCGUUGAGCUUUGCCAGUGCCAUGGGCUACGUACGGAGGAGUCAGAUAUACAAACGUGGGUAUGUCUUUCGCAGAGGGUUACUCGAGAUUCAGAUGUUCCAACAAGAACAAGUGGAUCCCAAGACGGAACAGCCAAUCCCUGCCCAUGCGGAUACACUUUGGGAGGUAGAAGUCAAGACCGCAUCGCCCGUGCGCAAUACGCAAGAAACUCCUCUGAGCCAGUCCGUCGACGCUGUGCUUGAGGUGCAGCUUCUCAUGAAGGGAUUGCUUGAUCUCCGUCGCAUCGAUUCCUAA